ACAGUAGCCGUGGUAUCGGUCGUGGCUUGCUGCAUCAGGCCUAAUUGGGCUCGUGGUACAAGUAUUCCGUACCGUUUUAUUUUAUCUUGUGCUAUUAGCAUGUCGUAUAAUUCGAAGUGAGGAUGUGGGUGACAUGGUGUUAUCUGUUUUCUCUGCUCUCCGCUGGGAUCAAAAGAAUGAGCGGCAUCGCCAUUGCAGUUAAAAAGCACGCGGUGCAGUCAAGAUUUCCGCUCAGGAGUCACAUUGGUCUAUUGCUGCAUUUGAGGCGUCAAUCCUUUCUGCAUAUCGAUAGUUUGGAUCAAGCUUCGGAGAAAGAUAAUAAUAUACAAUUUCAUCGUUUUUAUGCUUGGCCACAAAUGAGAUGAUAGUAACUUCAGAGGCGUGGCGUGCCCAAGAUAAAAAUGUGCGUCAU